AUGCUUGUACCGUCUGUAGGAUACGCAAAGGAGCAACGGGUAAAGCGGGUAAUAGAGCAAGAGGAAAAGGAGCGCAGGGACCAGUCCAGGCUGUUGGCUGAGGAGAAGCUCAAGCCUUCACGUCACAUUCACUCAGCUCCAACAGCACAAACAGAAAUAAAGAGUGAUGAUACAACAUCCUCGUCUUCCAGCCCGCCAUCAAGGGCUACGGCAUCUACAAUACCGGUAUUUCAGCAAGACGACUCAGAUUCUCAAAAUGGAGCCUCAAAACACAACUUUCCCUUCAAUGAUGGCACCAUUGACCCAAGCCAAAUCGGCAGGCGUCCCAGCCACGAUGCUGGUGCAAGUCCCUGGGGGCUUGGAUACGACAAAACCACCAUCUUCGGGUUGCAACCACCCACACGUUCCGUGCCAUACUCCAACUACAACUUUGUCGAUGCUGGUUACCUCAAUCAACUUAGCCAUAUCGAUGUCAAGUACUUGACAGAAAAAGGCUGUCUCACCCUACCAUCGGACUCACUGCUGGAAGAGUUCUUCCACCAGUACUUCUCACAUAUCCACCCCAUCAUCCCUCUACUUAGCGAGGCGGAAUUCUGGGCAGCAGAUGCUCGCAUUCCUCUUCUCUUGAUUCGGGCCAUAUUGUUCAUCUCAUCUCCCUAUGUAUCGGCAUCAACGCUCCUCAGCCUGGGGUAUAGCAGCGUCCAAGCAGCUCACACUGAACUUUACACGUUAGCAAAGACCAUGACGCAAUUUGAUAUCCACAGAAACAAUGUCGUCAAUGCCCAAGUAGCCGUCAUGCUCACCUACCACUCACCCGCACCCAGCGACAUGACAAACACAUACUGGAUGGUAAACGCAGUUCAUUUCGCCCGAUGUGCUCGAGCAGACCAGUAUUAUACACUCAGCGAUGAUAACCCCACAAAGCUCAUCCUCAAGCGACUCUGGUGGUCCUGCAUAUUGCGAGACAGAGUCAUGUCUUUGAGCUUACGACGGCCAUUGAACAUUGGGUGCGACGAAUUCGACUUUAGUCUCCCAGGACUCAAUCUCGCCGACUUCUCGGAUGAAUUGGGAGUCUCCACUGUAUACGAUAGGCCAACGAGGCAGAUUUUAGCGCACAUGAUGUCAGCGUUCUGUGAACUCAUCAUUCCUUUGAACAAAGCUCUUACCAUACUCUACCCUGCUGCUGGCCCCAAGAUUGUCACCUCAGACGCGGACAUUCAGAAGGAAUCAGACGCUUGCGUUGAAACUCUACAGCUUUUGGAUGUUUGGUUCCGCAAAACAAGGGAACGAUUCGAGAUCUCCACACCAUCGAUCGGCGUCCACAAGUCAUUGACGAUGUUUACAAAGAUGACUUUUAUCUAUUAUUAUUCUGCAAGAGCGAGUUUAUGUUAUCAUAUGAUGUUAUUAUCCGUAUCCAGUCCCGGCCAUGCUUCGGAUGCGCAGAAGAAUGAUCUACAAGUGCAAGCAGAGAUGGAUUCUGCUUUGAAGGGCAUUACCGGAGUAUUCAUGCACUUGGCCCGCCUAGGCCUUGUCCAGUACUUGCCAAACACAUUUGUUACUUUCUCAGCGAUUCCUCUCAUCUGGCAAGUUCUGGAUGCAAAGAUACUCAAUACCGGAACACUCGCCGCAGACAACAAGCGCGACCUAAUGGUCUACACAAACGUUAUGAACAAAUUCCGAAGCCUUCAUGAAAAUGCCAACAACGUCCUAAAAUUCAUCAAACAAAUCAUCGCACACAUCCAAACAACAGAAUCUGUCGAAAUCGCCCAACAGGAGCAGCUCACAGACACAUGCUUCCCGCCCGAACUUCUAUCCAGCUUCCCACCUGGAGGCAAAAUGCAGGAGAUGGACAAGGGACCGAAAAAUAAAUGGGCCCAGUUGUUCGCCGGAUCGCCGCGGACUUAUCUUCGAAUUGCGUUGACGAUUCAGCAUUCUCUUUCGAGCGGUCACUUUCCGUCGGAGGAAGACUUUCCCAAGGCGCUGCAGAUGGUCAAAUUUGCGGAGGAGACGAUGGAUAACGGGGUUGAUGUUGGGCUGUACAAGUAUUUGCAGCAUAUGGAAGACUUCCUACUGUCUGCGUAA